UUGAUCGCCAGCAGCGCCGUCGAUCGGUCAGUUUCUCCGCCUCCAGUUUUAUUGUUGAGCUAGCAAAAUCAGGCGAAAAAAACCACUAUAGUUAAAUAAUAAUAACACCCAGCAUUAGCAUUAAAAGCGAUCGUCAACCGAGCAAUGUUACGUCGGGGGGCAACGGGCUUCAUAGCAGCCCUGAUCUUCACCAGCCUCUGUCUGGGCUUCUGUCGAGGCUACUUCAGUCUGGAAAUUGGUGAUCCCUGUCCCACGGAUAACUACCGCAGUCGCUGUCAAGCUUUGGAGGAUUGUGAGACCUUGGCAUCGCAUCUCCAAACGGGAAGACUCAAUUUGAAGACGGUGAUGAAUUGCGGCUUCACGAGUCGCAGCGAGAAGAUCUGUUGUCCCGUUGAAGAUGCCCAGAGCGCGGUGCGAGUAGAUCCAGUGGAACAGACGAGCACUACUACUAGUACCACCACUACUAGCACUACUACUACUAGCACUACUUCUACUAGCACUACUUCUACUAGCACUACCACCACCACUACUCCAGCUCCACCUCUGCCUACAACACCGCCUGCAGAACCCUGGUUGGAUAUAUUCCAGACGGAUCGCGAGUACGUACAGCGAUCAAUUGGGCCCACUCACCGGCCGACGAGGGAUAGCAUCGCCUUCCGCGACACCUCCGAUGGAGCCGACUGCCAGGCUCCACUGUACGAGGGUCAAUGCCGGGCGGUGUCCGCAUGCCCCAGUGUGGAGCCCCUUCUGUCCCAGGGUCGCCUGAGGGAUGAGGACUUCACGACUUGCCGCGAGGGAACGCACGAGGAGAUCAUCUGCUGUCCGCUCAAUCUGCCCCUGCAGCCGCGCGUUCAAAGUGGACCUCGUCUGGGCGUGGAGAGCGACUCGUCGGUGGGCAGGGCUGCGGAUGAUCCCCUCGAGGUGGCCGCCAUCGCUCGGGCGGAAGGCCUGUUGCCCCACUACCGCCACCUGGCCUCGCUGGCCCAUCCGAAUGCCGCCUUCGAUGGCCAUCUGCAUCACUGUGCCGCCCUCGUCCUGACCCCCCAGCUCCUGGUCAGCGCCGCCGGCUGCGAGAGGCCCAGUCACGCCGUCUUCGGAGUGCCCGAUAUGCGGGACGUCGACGCCGACGAGGACUAUCUGGCGGACAUUGUGCGUCUGGUUCAAUUUCAAAGGGAUCUGUCCCUCAUUAGACUGCAAGAACCCCUUCGUCUGGGCAGUCAGACACCCGCCAACGUAAGCGUGGCUCCCAUGUGCAGCCAGUUCGAGCUGACGCGGCUCCAGUCCAGCGGCAUCCUGGUGGCCGUGGGCUGGGGCAAGGGUGAAGAGACCGACUGCCCGCUGUUCGAGAUGCCCAUGCGACUGCGUCCCACGUGGGCCUGCGGCGAUUUGCCCAACUAUGGUCGAGUUCAGGACCUGGGCAGCUCUCACCUGUGCGUGGAGCCGCUGGGCGGCGAAAGGGAUCUGCAGCGAUUCUCCAACAGCAGCUCCUGCGCCGCCUGCCCAGCAUCGGUGGGCAGUAUCCUCCAUUUGGUGCGACCGAAUGGAAGUCGCUGCGCCCUUGGCAUCGCCACGCCCACGGGCGGCGAGUGCGAAGCGCGAACCAUGUACUUUACGGGUCUACUCACUCCGCAGUUUAGGCGAUUUGUGGAGCGGGAGCAGAAGGAAUAGUCAUUUAGCUUAAGUUAGAUCGUCAUUUAGUUUUAGGUAGGAAAAACAAGGUAUAAAAAGGAAUAGAAGUGACUUAACAAGCGCGUUCAUGUCACACUGGCCAUAAUUCUGUGGGGAUGGUCACACUGGAAAAGCUCUGACUGUACUUUCUAUGCCCAAGAAACCUCAAAGUAGACGUUAAGU